UUUAACCAACAUGGCGUCCCUUCCAAAUUUCAGAAUUUAGAAGUUCGGGGCGGGAGGGUUAAUGCGCGUUAUCCUCAUUUUGUAACUCGAAUUUUCCACUCGGACACAUACUACAAUGCAAAAGAUAAAGUCCCUAAUGGCCCGGCAGGGUCUGAAAAGUCCGCAGGAGAGCAUGACGGACCUCAGCCCCGUGGAGAACUUCCGCAUUCCUAGCAAGGAGGAGCUGAGGGAGCUGCGGGAGCAGCCAGUCGACCCCCAGGCGGAGCAGGAAAUAAUUAACAGCAUCGAGGAGGUUUAUUUCUCUGGCGACUCCUUUGACAUGGUGCGGCAUGAGCUGGAGAAACUGCCACCUGAGCUCAAUCUUCAGGAACUGGAAGAAUACCGAGACAAAUUGAAACGGCAGCAGGCAGCAGUCUCUAAAAAGGUUGCUGACCUCAUCCUGGAAAAGCAGCCUUCCUAUGUAAAGGAGCUGGAGAGGGUGACUUCGCUGCAGACGAACCUGCAGCUGGCAGCGGUGAUCUGCACUAAUGCAAGAAGACAGUUGAGCUUUGCCAAGGAAGGUUUCACGGAGGCCAGUCUGGGGCUCCUUGCCAACCAGAGGAGGAGGCAGCUGCUCACUGGCUUGCUCAAGUCACUGAGGACCAUAAAGACUCUGCAAAGAACAGAUGUGCGGUUGAGCGAGAUGUUGGAGGAGGAGGAUUACCCAGGUGCAAUCCAGUUGUGCCUAGAAUGCCAGAAGGCUGCCAGUACGUUCAAACACUACAGCUGCAUAAGUGAACUGAAUUCUAAGCUCCAAGACACCCUGGAACAAAUUGAGGAACAGUUGGAUGUGGCCUUGUCGAAAACCUGCAAACACUUUGAUGUCGCUCACUACAACAAGGUUCAGCUGGCUUACUCUCUCCUGGGGAAGACGCAAACAGCCAUGGACCAGCUACAUAUGCACUUCACGCAAGCAAUCCACAACACGGUGUUCCAGGUGGUGUUGGGAUAUGUGGAGCUUUGCGCUGGGAAUGCAGACACUAAAUUUCAGAAGAUGCAGUACAAGGAUCUGUGCACACACAUUACUCCAGACAGCUACAUCCCAUGUUUGACAGACCUCUGCAAGGCAUUGUGGGAAGUAAUGCUUAGCUACCAUCGCACGAUGCAGUGGCACGAGGACCAUGACAAUGAGGAAGGAGUACCUGUUACAGAUGGCAAUGGCACUUUGGGGGCAGAUGAGUCUGUGUUCGACCGCAGCUACGUGAAAAAGAAGCUAGAACACGGACUGACGCGGAUCUGGCAGGACGUACAGCUGAAAGUGAAAGCCUAUUUGCUGGGAACAGAUAUGUCCAACUUCAAAUACGACGACUUCAUCUUUGUCCUGGACAUCAUCAGCAGGCUUAUGCAGGUGGGAGAGGAGUUCUGCAGCAGUCGAUCCGAGGUCUUGCAAGAGUCCGUCAAAAAGCAGAGUGUCAACUACUUCAAGAAUUACCACAGAACUCGACUGGAGGAGCUGAGGAUGUUUCUUGAAAAUGAAACUUGGGAAUUAUGUCCUGUGAAAUCCAACUUCAACAUCAUGCAACUUCACGAGUUCAAAUUCAUGGGCCAGUCGCGUUCCCCGUCUGUGUCCCCGAGCCGGCAGGCCUCAGCCGCAAACCCGGCCGAAGUCCCGCUCUUUAAGCAGUACUACCAAGGAGGGAACCCCUUCGAGAUGCACAUCGACAAUAAAGAAGAGGAAACGGAGGAUGUACUGGCUUCCAAUGGGUAUGAGUCGGAUGAGCUGGAUAAGAGCAUAUACCAGGACUAUGACAGCGACAGCGAUGUUCCUGAGGAGUUGAAGAGAGACUAUGUAGAUGAGCAGACUGGAGAUGUCCCAGUGAAGAGUGUGUCUCGCGAAACCAUACGGAGCCGGAAGAAGUCCGACUAUGGCCUUAAUAAGCUUAACGCACCUAUCCUGACCAACACCACCCUGAAUGUAAUCAGGCUCGUUGGAAAGUACAUGCAGAUGAUGAACAUUCUGAAGCCCAUUGCGUUUGAUGUCAUCCACUGCAUGUCCCAGCUCUUUGACUACUACCUGUAUGCAGUGUACACCUUUUUUGGGCGGAAUGAUAUGUAUGAGUCAUCUGGGCUGGGGCUCAUCAGCAGCCGACUGCGGACCACACUCAACAGGAUACAGGAAAGCCUCAUCGACAUGGAGGCAGCAACGGAGUCAGCUGGAGCCCAUGGAACCUCAGAGGAGCGGAAGGAAAAGGUGCCGAGCCCCCACCUUAGCCAGCUGGUGGUCCUGACUGCCAGUGGGACCCUCUACGGCCUGGCUGAGAGAGUCGUGGCCACAGAGUCACUGGUGUUUCUGGCUGAGCAGUUCGAGUUCUUGCAGUCUCAUCUGGACACGGUGAUGCCAGCAGCUAAGAAGCCCUUCCUCCAGCAGUUUUAUUCCCAGACGGUGUCCACAGCCAGUGAGCUGCGUAAACCUAUUUACUGGAUCGUGGCAGCCAAAGCCAUAGAUUAUGAACAGAUGCUGCUGCUCAUGACAGGUGUUAAGUGGGACAUUAAGGAAAUCAUGUCACAACACAACAUAUACGUGGAUGUCCUUUUGAAGGAGUUUGAGCAGUUUAACAAGCGGCUGGGGGAUGUUUCCAAGCACGUGAGGAUCCCCCUACCUGUGGCCAAUGUCCUGUGGGAGCACUGCAUUCGCCUGGCAAACCGGACCCUGGUGGAGGGAUAUGCUAAUGUGAAGAAAUGCAGUAAUGAGGGACGCGCCUUAAUGCAGCUGGACUUCCAGCAGUUCCUCAUGAAACUGGAGAAGCUGACCGACAUCCGGCCCAUUCCUGACAAGGAGUUUGUGGAGACCUACAUCAAGGCCUACUAUCUGACCGAGAACGACAUGGAGCAGUUCAUCAAGAACCACAGGGAAUACUCCAUGAAGCAGCUGACCAAUCUGGUGAAUGUUUGCCUGGGGUCUCACAUAAACAAGAAGGCGAGACAAAAGCUCCUUGCUGCCAUCGAUGACAUCGACAGACCGAAGAGAUAGCUUCACCAAAAUAUCUCCAGUGCUAAUGGCGUGUACAUGGAAAGAAAAACGACUCCUGUUUGUACAUUGGGCAUGUUCAUCAUUUUGAAACAUUGAUAUUAAAAGCAUCCUUCCUGCUUUGUGGCUGCAGCUUUUUUCUAGCAAGAUUGUAAUAUAUGCUGAACAUUGUUUCAAAGUGUGGCUUAACGGACAGUCUUACUUGAAAUUCAUCUGAAGUUUUUGUUUUUUUUUUUGUUAAGAGUUAAGAAUUCUUAACGUGCCGCUUGUUUUCGUAUUUCAGUCCUUGUGUUUGUCCUGUUCUGCGAGUCCAGGGUAUAUACUCUAAGUUGUUUUUGAUACCUUCAUCCAUUGACUAAUCAUGUUUGUAACUUCACAAGCUGUAAGCGGAUGUAGUUGAUUUAAGCUGAUUUAGUAAACUUCAUAGCUGCUAUCCGUGAGCUACCUGUAAUUUGUCUCGACUUCGUAUAUUUGUCUGUUACUAUUUAUGAAUUUUUGUUUUCUCUAAUGAUUAAUAACAAAUAUGACAUUAGACAAUACACUGAUACUGACAAAUACUGCAUUCUGUUGUCUUCUCGUUGAUAAAAACAAUAGUCUAACAAAAUGAUGUAGAAAACUCUUGGACAUUUAAUAAUUCAUCUUCGCAGCUGUGUAUUGUGGCUGGUUUCUGGGAACCAUGUAAGUUUCUUAUACCACAUGUUUUGAACAUCAGCAAGCUACACCGUACUUUUGCAGUUCUGUGACUUGGUUACAUAUUGCUUACUAAAUUUCAAGUGUGAAUUAGCUCUUGUGUAGGAAAAAAAACCGUGUAAGUGGACUGUCUUAAGGAAUGUCAAAUAAAAUGAAUUCUGAAACAUCC